GGCAGCACCUUCUAAAGUUUUUCUAAUGUUUCUUCUUACUUUAGUGAUGUCUUUGCCAAUCAACGGUACAUGUGAACUUUAUAAAGUACAAAGAGGUCUGAUCACUUGCCAUCAAGGUUGGAACUCUUAAAACAGCUCAAGUUGCUUCUUCUUUUUCUGUUUGGCUUUCUGUACUUCCUUGGCCCAGAAAUGGACUCAAUGAAGCUGCUGGUCGGAGUGUUUGGGACUCUAGUGCUGAAAAUGGUGACAGAUGUGACCCUGGUGGGAUCUCAUGCUGACGUGCGGAACUGCAAGUUCCCGGCUAUGUACAACUUUGGGGACUCUAAUUCUGAUACUGGAGGAAUAUCUGCAGCUCUAGGAGAGAUCCCUCCACCGAAUGGAGAAACCUUCUUCGGGCAUCCUUCAGGAAGAUCUUGUGAUGGCCGUCUCAUCAUAGAUUUCAUUGCUGAGAGACUGAAGUUGCCAUAUCUUAGCGCAUACCUGGACUCAGUCGGUACAGACUUCAGACAUGGUGCGAAUUUUGCAACCGGAGGCUCAUCGAUUCGUCCAGGUGGCUAUAGUCCAUUUCAUUUGGGUGUGCAGAUUUCUCAGUUCAAGCAAUUCAAAGCUCGGACGAACAGACUUCGUAACCAGAGGAAUCUUCCAAGGGCAAUGGAAUUCUCAAAAGCUCUCUAUACAUUCGACAUUGGACAGAAUGACCUCGCCUAUGGCUUCCAACACUCUUCAGAGGAAGAUGUCUGGAAGUCGAUACCAGAUAUUCUCAGCCAGUUUGCAGAGGCAGUUAAGUGGAAGGGGGUCUUAGUUCUUCGCCAAAGCAGCUACUCACAACUGGCUGGUUGCUGCUGCUGCCGCUUCGCCUACGUCGAAUCAACGCCCAGCUCCUCCUGCACCCAGUCGAAUCAGCAUAUCCAUGCUCUCCGUACGCAUGCCCCCGGUCGGCUUUACCGGAAAAUCUGCAGCGGUCACUUUUUCCCCUUUCUUCCUUUCGCCAUGCCUCUCCCGGACACGCCGCUGUACCACAGCACCACUCACCAGCCCACUCUAAUCCUGCUCAACACGCCACCGCCCAUUCAUUGCAACUCCUUUCCCUGUUCCCUUUGAUUAAUGGAAGAGGCCCGCUUCCCUCCAAUUCAUCUCUUCGCUUGCUUUUUUCUCUAUUCCCACUUCGCCCUUUCGGUUCUUCGCCUAAUCCUCUUCCGACUUCGCAUCUUCUGCCUAACUCGCUCCGAUGAAUCACGUCGUCCUCUCCUAACUCAGAUGGAAGGACAAAGCUCCCGUCCUCAAAUUGCCCCUCCUCCAUAUAUGGAUGCCUACCUCUGGCGGCCCCAUGGAUUGUCCGAAUGCGCGACGUUUUUGACAGAUUAAUUGGUAAUUGUAGCCACCAAACAAUGGAGGAAAUGGCUUUGUUGACUUACAAUCGGGGUCUUAAGCUCUCUUCCCCUGGUGGUGGUCAAUGAUGUUGUAACAGUUGCCGGAAUGAUGUUGUGGCAGGGGAUGAUGUGUCAGGAAACUAUUUAAUUGUUAGCACAAAAGAAUUGCUACCAAGGGCUCAAACAUGGAGGAUGCAAUUGCAGUGGUUAAUUUGGAAAGCAAUCUCCUGGCGAUCCAAUGCGGUGCUUCUAUGACUCAACAUGCGACUUUCUAUGUAAUUUCCUCCCUUUUCGCAGGUACUUCUAACUAGAAACCUGUAAUUUUUAUAAUUGGUGCAUAUUAGUCAUAAGGAAUUUGAAACUUGAAAGAGGUUUGAAAA